AUGGCGCCCGAUCCUAAUCGCGCCGGCACCAGCGCCAGCACUAGCGCGCCUAAAGACGACGCCGUUACGAAGAAGAAGGUCGAGAACGAAGAUCUGUCCGAUGAGGAUUUGGCGUUGAAGCAGCAGCUGGACCUGUACGUGGAGAGGGUUCAGGAUUCCGACACGGGAUUGCAGAAGGUUGCACUCGAGAACAUGAGGCAAGAAAUUCGAUCUUCCACGAGCUCUAUGACUUCCGUUCCUAAACCGUUGAAGUUUCUUCGCCCACAUUAUGGAACUCUUAAGGCGUACUAUGAAACUAUGGCCGAGUCUGAUUUGAAGAAAUACCUUGCGGAUAUAUUGUCGGUUUUGGCGCUUACAAUGUCUGCCGAAGGAGAACGAGAAAGCCUCAAGUAUAGAUUACUGGGUUCAGAAGGCGAUAUUGGUUCCUGGGGCCACGAGUAUGUUAGGAAUCUGGCGGGAGAAAUUGCACAAGAAUACACAAAACGACAGGGUGAAGAGGUUCCUAUAGAUGAUCUCAUGCAACUCGUGCAACAAAUAGUUGCUUUUCACAUGAAGCAUAAUGCAGAACCCGAAGCUGUUGAUCUUUUGAUGGAGGUUGAAGACCUUGGUAUGUUGAGUGCACAUGUUGACAAAACAAAUUUUAAAAGAACUUGCCUAUAUCUCACCAGUUCAGCAAGAUACCUCCCAGGACCAGAUGAUAUGCUAGUUCUGGACAUUGCAUAUUCAAUUUAUAAUCAAUUUGAAGAAUAUCCAAACGCACUCCAAAUUGCAUUGUUCAUGGAUAACAUGCAGCAUGUGAGGGAGGUGUUUUCCUCUUGCAAUGAUCUGUUGCGAAAGAAGCAAUUCUGUUACAUGCUUGCACGUCAUGGAAUUACUUUUGAGCUUGAUGAGGACAUGGCUGCAGAUGAUGAGGACAGAGAAGUAUUGCAGGAUAUCAUCAACAAUUCUAAGUUAAAUGAAGGAUAUCUCACCCUUGCUCGGGAUAUUGAAGUCAUGGAGCCCAAGUCCCCUGAGGAUAUAUACAAGGCACACUUACUUGAUGGCCGGGCAAGUGCUGGUGCAAGUGUUGAUUCAGCUAGACAGAACCUUGCAGCAACUUUUGUUAAUGCAUUUGUAAAUGCUGGCUUUGGUCAGGAUAAAUUAAUGACUGUUUCUUCAGAUUCUACCAGUAGCACUUCUUCUGGAAACUGGCUUUUCAAAAAUAAGGAACAUGGGAAGACUAGUGCUGCAGCUAGUCUGGGUAUGAUUUUACUGUGGGACGUUGACUCAGGACUUGCUCAACUUGACAAGUACUUCCAUAGUAAUGACAAUCAUGUCAUUGCUGGUGCAUUAUUGGGAGUUGGAAUUGUUAAUUGUAGUAUCAAGAAUGACUGUGAUCCUGCAAUGGCACUUCUUGGUGAUUAUACAGAUAAAGAAGACGCAUCAAUCAGGAUUGGUGCUAUAAUGGGUUUGGGAAUUGCAUACGCUGGUUCCCAGAAUGAGCAGUUACGUGAGAAAUUGACAGGUGUACUGAAUGAUUCUAAAGCUUCACUUGAUGUGCUUGCUUUUGCUGCUAUUUCUCUGGGCUUGAUCUUUGUCGGUUCUUGCAAUGAGGAAAUUGCUCAAGCAAUUAUAUAUACAUUAAUGGACAGGAGUGAGUCAGAGUUGGGAGAGCCCCUUACCCGACUUUUACCACUUGGCCUCGGUCUUUUAUAUCUUGGGAAGCAGGACAGUGUUGAGGCAACUGCUGAAGUUUCAAAAACUUUUAAUGAAAAAAUUAGAAAGUAUUGUGACAUGACACUACUGUCAUGUGCCUAUGCUGGAACUGGAAAUGUUCUCAAGGUUCAAAAUCUCUUGGGUCAUUGUUCUCAACAUCUUGAUAAAGGUGAAACUCACCAAGGUCCUGCGGUGCUUGGUAUUGCUAUGGUAGCUAUGGCUGAAGAACUGGGACUUGAAAUGGCAAUUCGAUCAUUAGAACAUCUUCUGCAGUAUGGGGAGCAGAAUAUUCGCCGUGCAGUUCCUCUUGCACUUGGUCUACUUUGUAUAUCAAAUCCAAAGGUAAAUGUUAUGGAUACCUUAAGCAGACUUAGCCAUGAUACUGAUUCAGAAGUAGCUAUGGCGGCAGUAAUCUCCUUGGGUCUAAUAGGUGCUGGAACUAACAAUGCUCGAAUUGCUGGCAUGCUCCGUAAUCUUUCAAGUUAUUACUACAAGGAUACCAGCCUUCUAUUUUGUGUGCGGAUUGCCCAAGGUCUUGUGCAUUUGGGAAAGGGCUUAUUAACACUUAAUCCAUAUCAUUCUGAUCGUUUCCUUCUAUCACCGACAGCACUUGCUGGAUUGAUUACCAUGUUGCAUGCAUGCCUAGAUAUGAAAGCUAUUGUGUUGGGGAAAUAUCAUUAUGUUCUCUACUUCCUGGUUUUGGCAAUGCAGCCAAGGAUGUUACUUACUGUGGAUAAGAACUUGAGGCCUUUAUCAGUGCCUGUUCGUGUUGGUCAAGCAGUAGAUGUUGUUGGACAAGCAGGUCGUCCUAAAACAAUUACUGGCUUUCAGACCCACUCCACCCCGGUUCUCCUGGCUGCUGGGGACAGGGCAGAGCUGGCAACGGAAAAAUACCUUCCCCUGUCGCCAAUUCUUGAAGGUUUUGUAAUUUUGAAGGAGAAUCCAGAUUAUAGAGAAGAGUGA